AUUGAUUAAAACGGGCUCUGCAAGGGACACCGACUGUUACAACAACAUUUACAGCAACUCCCGGGGCUUUGAAACAGAGCAGUUAUCAGAGGGAAGCAGAGCAAGAGCCUCUCUUUAGAUAUAGGAUUUAAACAAAACAAAACAAAACAAAAUCUAUCUACUGGAGGAGAAUCGACCCUUUUCCCUAUCCCUGCACAAUAAUUACACCACGGGCAAGACAGGGCAAUUUCCAUUGUGGAGCAAAUGAUGACCGCCAAGACGGUAGACAAAAUCCCAGUCAGUCUGAGUGGGCUUGUGCACCACCUCCCUGAAAGCAUUUACUCAGUGGAGGACGUCGCCACUACCCUGCCAGGAUCAGUGAUCAACUUUCCUAAUGGUGACUUGGGAGGACCCUUUGACCAGCUGAGCGGUGUGACAGGAGAUCAUGGCCUGAUCGACAUGAACGACAAGCGGUCCCUGGAGCUGCCGUACCCCUGCAGCGGCUUCGCGCCGCCUUCGCGCGGCCAGCCCUUCACCUACAUGGGCAAGUUCUCCAUCGACCCGGCGCAGUACCCCGGCGCAGGCUGCUAUCCGGCCGACGGCAUCCUCAACUUGGUCAGCGCCGGCAUCCUGCAGGGGGUGGCUGCCCCCUCGUCGUCGUCGUCCGCCGUCGCCUCGUCCUCAUCCGCCCCCUCGUCCUCUUCGGUCACUUCGUCGUCCGCCGCCUCGUCGGGAUCUCCCAACCCGCUGGGCUGCGCCAUGGCGCCCACCGCCGGCGACUUGGAGCACAUGUACUCGCCGCCACCGCCCUAUUCCGCCUGCGGGGAGCUUUUCCAGCCGCAACAGCACCACCACCACCACUCCCAGCAGCAGCAGCAAGCGCAUCCGGACGGCUCUUCGGCUUUCCUGGCCGCCUCUUCGGGGCCCUACCCUCCGCCCCCUUCGUACCACCACUCCCCCAAGGCGGGGACGCCAUCCGGGGCCGACGGCGGCGGCCUCUUCUCCAUGAUCCAGGACUACCCGAGCUUCUUCCCGCCGCCGCCGCCGCCCCCGCCGUGCAGCCAGCGCGACCUCCACGGCGGCGCCGUCGAGCGGAAGCCGUUCUCGUGCCCGCUGGACUCGGUGCGCGUCCCGCCUCCGCUCACGCCCCUCUCCACCAUCCGCAGCUUCAGCCUGGGCGCGCCCCCUGGCGGCUUGGGCGACAGCCCGGCGUCGGGGCCCGCGGCCCGCUUCGCGCCCGGCGCGUACGGCAGCCCGGCCCACUUGCCUUUGCGCCCCAUCCUGCGCCCGCGCAAGUACCCGAACCGUCCCAGCAAGACGCCCGUGCACGAGCGGCCUUACCCGUGCCCGGCCGAGGGCUGCGACCGGCGUUUCUCGCGCUCCGACGAGCUGACGCGCCACAUCCGCAUCCACACGGGCCACAAGCCCUUCCAGUGCCGCAUCUGCAUGCGCAACUUCAGCCGCAGCGACCACCUCACCACGCACAUCCGCACGCACACGGGAGAAAAACCCUUCGCCUGCGACUUCUGCGGGAGGAAGUUCGCCCGCAGCGACGAAAGGAAGCGCCACACCAAGAUCCACCUGCGCCAGAAGGAGCGCAAAGGCGCCAACGCGGCCUCUGGUUCGGGAUCGGCCUCAGCCUCGGGCCCCGGUGCGCCUCCGCCCGGCUCCAUGUGCUCCGGCGGCGGCGCCACUCUAACCUCGUGUGCCUCUCGGACCCGGACGCCCUGAUCCUGAUGCCUCUGGGCCCGCUUUUGGCCACGGACUCGCGUUGCGCGUGAGGGGGCCUCGCCGCCUCCUGCGAUCCGCCGUCCCGCCGUCGGUGGGCAGCGUCCGGCAGGUAACCGGUAAAGGAUCGCCCGCUCUCCACGCCUCAUGCUUGUUGGGGCGGGCUGCUGGACAAACUGCAGGAAGAGAUCGGGUUAGGAUGGACUUUGAGAAGCGCCCCUUCUUAAUACAGACCGGUACCUUUCUCGUGGCGAGAGUUGGGGAGGGGAGGACUCUCAUGUGCACUUUAUAGCCCCCCGAAGAAUCCAGCAGCAAGGAUCCCUUGUUAUUUGCCAAAGCCGGCCAACCCUUGCCCUUCUCACCCCUUCCGGCACGAACGCACCACGGCGUUGCUAAAGAUAGAAACCUUUCUUGUUUCGUUUCGUUUUAACCAUCUAAAAUGCAACUAAUUAAGCAGCGGCCCCCAAGCACUGUUUACUUGGAAAAGCAUGCAAAACCAAUGGAAAUCAAUGCGUCCCUGGAUAAAACAGAAGUGUAAUGGGGACAGGGCGGGGGACAGGAGGCAGGGGGGCAAUAUCUGGCCUUAAUAGUGGGGGGAGGUACUUACCAGAUUUUAAAUAACUAUUUCCUCCCCCCUCCACUGUAUAUUUCCACCUUUUGUGGUCUGUAUUCUUUUGAAAAGCAAUGUGCACUGUUUUCCUCCCUGGGUGAGGAGGGUUAGAAGCGAGUGGACUGAAUGGAGACUUAUUUAACUUAUUUCAAGGGGGACUGUACAUACCUUCUCUAGUGUCUGGCUGCAUGCAAUCGUGUUGAACUGUCCUUGGUGCCUUGUUUUGGGUUUGUAGGCAAUGGUUCAGUGGCUGCAUGGGAAUCCGUUGCCUUACUAAUCACUGCUCAGUGGGGUGGGGUAGGAGAGAUUUAUCAUCAGCUCCCUGGGUUUUAGUAUAGCUGUAUAUUUCUGCCUAUUAAUAUUUGGAUUUUUUCAUAGAAACUCUAUUUUUGUAUGCACUGGGUUUUCCUUUGUGACUUAUUAUUAAGUGUUGCUUUUGUAGAAAAUAUUUUGGUUUGUUGGUUUGUUUUUUGGUUUUUUAAAAAACAGAAGGAUCACAGGAUGUGUAUAAUCUUUCUAGAGGGCUGACAGAGAAGCUGUUGGCUUCUGCACAAUGGGUGAAAUAGAAGCGAUUCCGCCUUUAAAAGGCACAACCACUAACUGGAGCCAUCCCCUCAAGAAAGGCGGUUUUGUCAUGAACGUUGUGUAAAUAAAUGUUUUGUGCAAAGAAAAACCUGUCCUGUUACUACUAUGAAGUAUCCCACACAUUGAGCUACUUGUAUAUUACAUUAAUGGGUACUGGAGAAGGGAUGGAGUCAGGGAAGAGAUUUCCAGCCCUACAUUUGAGAAUUCCCCUUCAUAUACAAAAAUUAAGCGACUACCAGAAAAGUAGUUUAGUUCUUUAACUUUUCUAUCCAUUACCUCCUGGUUCUGCUUACAUUUUCUCUGUCAAACAUAAAUGUAUUUGCCUUCACGUUAACCUGAAUUUAAAGCUGGCUAUGUUGAUACAAGGGACGCGGGUGGCGCUGUGGGUUAAACCACAGAGCCUAGGGCUUGUCGAUCAGAAGGUUGGCGGUUCGAAUCCCUGUGACGGGGUGAGCUCCCGUUGCUCGGUCCCAGCUCCUGCCAACCUAGCAGUUUGAAAGCACGUCAAAGUGCAAGUAGAUAAAUAGGUACCGCUACAGCGGGAAG